AUGGCCAAGGUCCCGGAGCUGGAAGACUCCUUCCUGCAGACACCCCAAGAGUCCCCCAAGAUCCAGGAGUGCUGUGUGCAGCUGCUGGGCAAGGGCUUGCUCGCCUACCCCGAGGACAGGGCGUACCUGGCGGCCGAGGUGGAGUCAGGAGGCCCGCUGCGCAACGACAAAGCGGACGAACGCGAGCGGCCAGUGGGAGUGAAAUCAGAAAUGCCCUUAAGCAACGGUACCUUUUCCUCUGAAGAAGAAGAUGGGGAUGGCCAAGACAGCAAAGCCAAAGAAGGCGACUCACAGCAUCUCUCUCAGAAGAAAACGGUCACUCAGAUUAUGAAGGAUAAAAAGAGGCAGACCCAGCUCACGCUGCAGUGGCUUGAAGAGAAUUAUAUUGUAUGUGAAGGAGUUUGCUUACCACGGUGCAUCCUUUAUGCACAUUAUUUAGAUUUUUGCAGGAAGGAGAAGUUGGAGCCAGCCUGUGCUGCCACUUUUGGAAAGACAAUUCGCCAAAAAUUUCCCCUCUUAACUACACGACGACUUGGAACAAGAGGUCAUUCAAAGUAUCAUUAUUAUGGAAUUGGCAUCAAAGAGAGCAGUGCGUACUACCACUCCGUGUAUUCUGGAAAGGGUCUCACAAGGUUUUCUGGAAGCAAGCUGAAGAAUGAGGGUGGCUUCACUCGGAAAUACUCACUGAGCUCGAAAACUGGAACACUUCUUCCAGAAUUUCCAAGUGCCCAACACCUUGUGUAUCAAGGAUGCAUUUCUAAAGACAAGGUUGAUACUCUCAUAAUGAUGUAUAAGACUCACUGUCAGUGCAUCCUGGACAAUGCAAUUAAUGGAAAUUUUGAAGAGAUCCAGCAUUUCUUACUACAUUUUUGGCAAGGAAUGCCUGACCAUCUUCUUCCCAUGCUUGAAAAUCCUGUUAUCAUUGAUAUUUUCUGUGUUUGUGACUCAAUUCUUUAUAAGGUUCUUACCGAUGUACUUAUUCCUGCAACAAUGCAAGAAAUGCCUGAAAGCUUACUGGCCGACAUAAGGAACUUUGCAAAAAAUUGGGAACAAUGGGUUGUUUCAUCCUUGGAGAACCUGCCAGAAGCCCUUACUGACAAAAAAAUACCUGUUGUGAGAAGAUUUGUGUCUUCUCUGAAAAGACAGACAUCUUUCUUACAUCUUGUUCAGAUUGCCAGACCGGCUCUCUUUGACCAGCAUGUCGUGAAUUCUAUGAUAUCUGAUAUUGAAAAAGUUGACUUGAAUAGUAUUGGCUCUCAGGCCCUUCUCACCAUUUCAGGCAGCACGGAAACCGAAAGUGAUCUUUACACUGAACAUGACUCUAUCACAGUGUUCCAAGAACUGAAGGAUCUCCUUAAGAAAAAUGCCACCGUGGAGGCUUUUAUUGAAUGGUUGGAUACAGUGGUAGAGCAGAGAGUUAUUAAGACCAGCAAACAGAAUGGAAGAUCAUUAAAGAAGAGGGCGCAGGACUUCCUACUGAAGUGGAGCUUUUUUGGUGCUCGAGUAAUGCAUAAUCUCACCUUGAACAAUGCAUCCAGUUUUGGUUCUUUCCAUUUGAUCCGAAUGCUUCUUGAUGAGUACAUUCUCCUGGCCAUGGAGACCCAGUUUAACAAUGACAAAGAGCAGGAGUUGCAAAAUUUGUUGGACAAGUAUAUGAAGAAUUCAGAUGCAAGUAAAGCUACUUUCACUGCUUCUCCAAGUUCAUGCUUUCUGGCCAACCGUAAUAAAGGGAACUCAGUUGCCAGUGACACUGUGAAGAAUGAAAGCUAUGUGGAGACAGCCUAUCUUCCUCUGUCAGCUAGUCAACCUGGAAAUGUAACCUCUAGUCUGCAUCCAUUUCCACCUGGGAAUACAGACACUCUGUCACUCACAGAUCAGAUGGAACUUUCCCAGAGUACUGGUCAUCUGAUGACACCACCCAUUUCUCCAGCCAUGGCAAGCCGGGGAAGCGUCAUCAACCAGGGACCAAUGGCAGGGAGACCCCCAAGCCCUGUCCUGGCAACCCCAUCACACUGUUCAGCCUAUCCGGAGCCCAUUUAUCCCACUCUUCCUCAAACCACUCAUGACUUUUAUGGGACCAACACUAACUAUCCCACUGUGUUUAGAGCACAACCCCACACCACAUCAGGACUCUACCCUCACCGCACGGAGCACGGUCGAUGUAUGAGCUGGAGUGAACAGCAGCUUUCUAGAGACUUCUUCAGUGGCAGCUGUGCUGGGUCUCCAUAUAGUUCCCGGCCAUCUUCCACCUACGGAUCAUCCUCACACGCCCAAGAUUCACACAGUAUGCAGUUUCUAAAUACAGGAAGUUUCAAUUUCCUGAGCAAUGCAGGAGUUUCUGGCUGCCAAGGAGCAGGCUUGCCUCCUAAUUCACCAAACGGAUACUAUGGAAGCAAUAUAAACUAUCCAGAGUCCCACAGACUUGGAUCAAUGGUGAAUCAGCACGUUUCUGUUAUCAGCAGUGUUCGCUCUCUGCCUCCUUACAGUGAUAUCCAUGAUCCACUUAACAUCUUAGAUGACAAUGGCAGAAAGACCGGCUCAUAUUAUGCAGAUACAUCAGCUUCAGUUGCGUGCCGGACUCCAGUAGUAGCAUCCAGCUUGCAAACCUCAAUUCCCUCCUCUUCGUCUCAGUGCAUGUAUGGAACUUCUAAUCAGUAUCCUGCUCAAGAAACUCUGGAUUCCCAUGGUGCCAAUGGUAGAGAAAUGGUGUCCUCUUUGCCACCUAUCAAUACUGUGUUCAUGGGAACAGCAGCGGGAGCUGGAGGGACUUAA